GCAGAUGCAGAGAAGCAUAUACGGGAUAAGCAGGUUGUUGCUUUUGGCUUCGAUGGGAGUGGUUCGGCAGAGCAGGUGGUGGAGGAUCUGAAAAACUUGCUCAACCAGAUUGUGGGCGAAAGGUCGGGCGCAGUUGUGCUGACCACGACGGGCUCCACGAAGUUCGGCGUAAUCGAGUUCACUUCCAUCCAAUCGAAGGUAAGCUUCUGGAAGAAGGUACGGGACAAGCUGAACGACGACGAAGAUGCGUUCGGCGGGGUGUUCUUCCGGAACAACCUGACCACCGAGGAGAAGGACCGGGAAAAACGGAUGGGCUAUACAAAGUACCAUUUGUCCAAACACCCCGACCACAAAACCAAAGAUGUGAAAAUCAUAUGGCCGAAGGGGAUGGUUGUGGUCAAAGAGGGUGAGGGAAAGGAGAGGAAAAUUGCGUGGUACGAUGAACAUGGAGACUGGCGUACUACUAAGACCGGGAAGGCGGUGGAAGCGGCGGUGGAAGAGUACAUGCGGAAGUGGCGGGAGAAGGUGAACGCCGGACCUGCCGAAGAGAGCGAGUGA